GGGUACAGGGUAUCUCAAUAUCCCGUUAUCUAGUCCCGCAAGCUACACGUCUGUAAUCUCAAUGAUUCUCCUCUCGUCUCUAAGAAGCAACAAUAUCCGAGACCUCCUCGAGCUCAACCCUAUUAUGGUCAUCAUACAGCACAACCAACAGCGCCUCACCGCGCUCAUUAAUCGGACUCCCAGUCAUCACGGCUCUCUUCUGCAAGAACGGAGUAUCACAUCCCUCUACCUUGCCACCAGGAAAGUGGUCGCUCAAAUCAAGCGCCGCUUUCCCCUGGGGGUCUUUAGCCUGCGCAGGCGCUCCACGGCGAAAGCGGUUGUCCAAGGGCGGGUCUGAAAUCGAAGGAGGGAAUGUCUCCUGUACUUACGUUGCGAAGUUGAGAACAAGGAAAGUUUGUUAGUGGUCCUCUCUUGAAGAAAUUUAUAAAUUUUCAACAUCAAUUUCUAAAGUGAGCUCGAGGAGUCCAAGUGUAAUGUCGAGAUGACAGAUUAUCCAGUGGAAAGGAUG